AUGGGAGUCGCUAACUCUAGGGACUACCAUCCGUACCACCCCUCACAGUCUCCCAUUAAGGUGGUGCUGAAAAGACGCAAUGAGCCCCUGAAGAAGGAGUGCCCUAAAUGGAAGAGUGAGUACCCUAUGACUGAGGGCCAGCUGAGGAGUAAGAGGGAUGAGUUUUGGGACACGGCUCCAGCCUUUGACGGCAGGAAGGAGAUUUGGGACGCGCUCCGAGCGGCAGCAGUGGCUGCAGAGGUGAACGACCUGGAACUGGCUCAGGCCAUAGUGGACGGAGCCUGCAUCACACUACCACACGGUACGCUGACAGAGAGUUAUGAUGAGCUGGGGAACCGCUACCAGCUUCCUGCCUACACUCUAGCCCCUCCCACCAACCUCAUCACUGAAUGCACCAAUGAGAGCCAAGCUCCCAAUCUAAAGGAGCAGAAAAAGCCUCCCCCUCCUCCUAAAGAGGAGUUCCAGCUACGAGUACGUCUCUCGUGCGGUAAGGACCUACGUAUAAGCGCCUCCAUGUCAGACUCCAUUUCCCAGCUGAAGACAGCCCUGGAGGGGCAGGAGGACAUUGAAGCGGCCCACCAACGCUGGUUCUUUGCAGGGAAACUGCUAACAGAUAAGACCCGGCUCCAGGACACUAAGAUACAAAAAGACUUUGUGGUCCAGGUCAUCGUGAACAACUACUCACCCAAUGGUAAAGGAGACGUGAAGAGGAAAGGAAAGGUUGAUCCAUAUGCCUACAUCCCUCUGAGGAAAGCACAGCUCUACCGCAGGAAAAAGCUAAAAUGCAGGGCCAGUUAA